UAAAUUCUAUGCAUUUUUCACGCAACAAGUUUAAUUCAAACUAAUUAGUAGUCUUUCGCACUCAUCAAUUUCUUUUCAUACACGUUCAAUUAAGUUUGCAAUGGCCACAGAAGAACCCAUUGUCGCGGUGGAAUCUGUUUCCGAACCAAUUGUCACCGAACCAACAAUUACCGAGCCUCAGGUCCCGGAGAAGGAGGAACCUAAAGCUGAAGCAGAAAAGACGAAGAAAACCAAGGAAUCAAAGCCUAAGAAAGCUUCUAAGCCACGAAACCCUGCUGCACAUCCAACUUACGAAGAGAUGAUUAAGGAUGCAAUAGUGUCGCUGAAGGAGAAGAACGGUUCGAGCCAAUACGCGAUUGCGAAAUUCAUUGAAGAGAAACACAAACAGCUUCCUGCAAACUUCAAGAAGCUAUUGCUUCAAAAUUUGAAGAAAAAAGUUGCUUCUGGAAAGCUUGUUAAGGUUAAAGGUUCAUUCAAGCUUUCUGCGGCGGCGAAGAAGCCCGCAGUUGCCAAGCCGAAGCCAAAGACAGCUGCUAAGAAGGCUGUGAAAGCUAAGCCAGCUGCUAAGCCAAAAGCUAAAGCUGUCGUCAAGCCAAAGGUUGCUUCAAAGGCCAAAUCUGUAGCUGCAAAGCCCAAAAAAGACGCAGCCAAGCCCAAAACUACCGCUGCUAAGCCCAAAUCUACUGUUGUCAAGACUAAAGUUGCUGCCAAGCCAAAAGCAGUUGUUAAACCGAAGUCCAAGGUGAAGCCAGCUAAGGUUGCAAAGACAUCGGCUAAGACAACACCGGGAAAGAAAGUUGCCGCUGUGAAGAAAGUUGUGGCUGCAAAGAAAGCUCCUGUUAAGAGCGUGAAGGCUAAAAGCGUGAAGUCUCCAGUGAAGAAGGUUUCAGUUAAGAGAGGUGGAAGGAAAUGAGAGUUUAGUUUUGAUGUUGUAAAGAUCUCUACGUUUUCAGUUUAGUUACUUGUAUUAGUUUUAAAUAAAGUUUUUAUAAUACAUACAAAAUUUCUUUGUCCAA